AUGCCUGUGCUGGCCGGGUGGAGGAUGCGGGCUUGGUGGGGCAUGGUGGGGACAGCUCUGCUCUCGGCCCUCUGGAUCCUGUGGCCCCCCUGGCCGGCUCGUGGUGGGAGCCCAGAGCCCCAGCCCACACUCACCAUCCUCAUCUGGCACUGGCCCUUUGCUGAGAGGCCCCCAGAACUGCAUAGUAGCAGCUGUGCCCUCUUCGGUGCCGCCCACUGCCGCCUGAGCACCAACCGCAGCCUGCUGACCAGCGCCGACGUGGUGGUCUUCCAUCACCGGGAGCUGCAGAUGCGCCGGGCCCACCUGCCCCUGGACAGGCGGCCGCAUGGCCAGCCCUGGGUCUGGGCCUCCAUGGAGUCCCCCAGUCACACGCGCGGCCUCAGCCGCUUGCGUGGCAUCUUCAACUGGGUGCUGAGCUACCGUCGCGACUCGGACAUCUUCGUGCCCUAUGGCCGCCUGGAGCCCCACACGGGGCCUCUGCCUUCACCACCGCCCCCCAAGAGAAGGGUGGCCAUCUGGGUGGUCAGCAACUUCCAGGAACGGCAGCGGCGGGUGCGGCUCUACCGGCAGCUGGCCCCUCACCUGCAUGUGGAUGUGUUUGGCCGUGCCACCCGGCGGCCGCUCUGCCCAGGCUGCCUGCUGCCCACCGUGGCCCGCUACCGCUUCUACCUGGCCUUCGAGAACUCCCAGCACCGUGACUAUAUCACUGAGAAGUUCUGGCGCAACGCGUUGGCGGCCGGUGUUGUGCCUGUGGUGCUGGGGCCCCCGCGGGUCAAUUAUGAGGCCUUCGUGCCCGCAGAUGCCUUCGUGCAUGUGGACGACUUUGGCUCGGCCCGCGAGCUGGCCGGCUUCCUGGCUGGCAUGAACGAGAGCUGCUACCAGCGCUUCUUUGCCUGGCGGGAGAGGCUGCGCGUGCACCUGCUGAGCGACUGGACCGAGCGCUUCUGCUCCAUCUGCACCCGCUACCCUCACCUGCCGCGUGGCCAGGUCUAUGAGGACCUGGAGGGCUGGUUCCAGGUCUGA